CUCCACAGAUGCAAUAUAUGCUUGCAGUUGCAGGCUAGCUAGCUGCAAAAGGUACGAGACAUCAUGGCACCGCUAGUGUUGAAGAGCAGUAGCAGCGGCACCUCUAUUCUGGUGAUCGGUGGUACGGGGACGAUCGGCCGCCACCUGGUGACGGCGAGCCUCGACGCCGGCCACCCCACGGCCGUGCUCGUCCGGCCGGCGGCCGCGGCCGAGGACCCCGCCAAGGCCAGCCUCCUGGAGGCGUUCAAGACCAGAGGGGCAAGCCUUAUCUACGGGGACAUCAACGAUGCCGAGGCGUUGGUUGCAGCGAUCAAGCAGGCCGGCGACGUGGUCAUCUCCGCCACCGGCCACAGCUCGCCGGAAGAGGUGGAGAGCCAGCUCAGGAUUGUGGCCGCCAUAAAAGAAGCAGGCAAUGUUAAGCGGUUCUUGCCUUCUGAAUACGGCUGCGACGUGGAGCAUGUGGCGGAGCACAUGGUGGAGCCGGCGAGGAGCAUCCUCGGGGCCAAAGUCCGAGUCCGCCAUGCUCUCAAAGCUGCAGGGAUUCCACACACCAUCGUCUGCAGCAACUGGGCUCAGGGCUUCCUGCUGCCAAGAGCUGGGGACCCUCAGCUGCCAGACGGUCGUCCUCCGGACACCACCGCCACCAUCUUCGGCGACGGACAAGUACAAGCGACGUUCGUGAAUGAGCAAGACAUGAGCAGGGUGGCUAUCAAAGCCGUGCAAGACCCCCGCACACUCAACAAGAAAUUACACGUGUGCCCUCCAACCAAUCUCUGCUCCCUCAACCAACUAGUCUCACUCUGGGAGGAUAAAAUCGGCAAGCCCCUCCACAGGCACUAUGUUGCUGAAGAAGAGUUACUCAAGAAAAUACAAGAGUCUCCGUUUCCACUCAACUUUCAGCUGGCGAUUGUGCACGCGUCGUUUAUCGCUGCCGGCCGUGCCCCUAGCACCAAAAGAAACAUCCACACCAAGGAUAGCCAUGGGGAGACGAUGACACAAGGCGUGGAUGAUGUGGACGCAACGCAGCUGUACCCGGGCAUCAGCUACAUCACCGUCAAAGACUACCUGGACGCUCUCCCUCCCCACAACACACUACGAUCUGACGGUUCACGACCGGACUCUAGAUGAUCAACCAAUAUGCAAGCAAGCACACGCUCACAUCGUCCUCGUACCAUUUUAGGAGUCUGCAUAAAUAUAUCUCCGUUUACAAAUGUCACACCGUUGAUUUUUUUUCAAAACUUUUAUCAUUCAUCUUAUUUAAAAUAUUUAUUAAAAAUGUAAAAUUAGAAGAAGCACUAAAACAACCUUAAGUGAUAAAACAAAUCACAACAAAAUAAAAGUUUUUUUUAAAUAAGACGAGUGGUUAAAGUUUCGAAAAAAGAUAAAGUGUCAUAUAUUUGUGAACAGAGAGGGUAAUAAAAUAAUACGGUGUGUAUGUGCAUGCACGGAGACGUCUGACUGAAUCAUUCGUCCUACCUUAUACCAUUUUAGAUCUUGUUUGGAUAUAGUCGGAUUCAUAUUAGUAGACACGUGCUAAGAUGGAUCGGAGUACAACUUCAACUAUAUACUAUCUCAAUGUAUGUGGAUUAAAGUGAA